UCCGGCGUUUUUUUCGUCCAGCGGUUCAGCCUGUGGAACCCGUUGAAUCAUGGGCGAGGAGGCGUCGGCGUCGACGCCGGCAGAACCACCGGUAGAACCACCGGCAGCACCGCCGACGGUGGAGACGGAUGAGGCGCCGGAGCGGCCUGGCGCGGUGAAGCCGGAGGAUCCAGAGGUGCCGUCGCCUCCAGAUGAGCCCCUAGCCCCCCAUGCUGAGCCUGAGGCCAAAGCUCGGGAGGUGCUGGUGGGCCGAGACGAGCUGGACCUGGUGGCUGCGGGCAAAGAUGCGGAUCGCAAAGCGCGGGAAGAGGAGGAGGCCAAGAUGUCGCGGCUCGGGCGCUGGCGCGCCCAAAGCUCUCGGCACCUGGGUGAGGCCAAGGCUGCGGCGCAGACGCGCUGUGAUCGCGUCUUGGAUGCCAUCGAGAGGUGGCUUACAGACAUGGAGACAGCUCGGAACCGGCGGGCUUUCCAGCAGGAGCUGAGGCGUGGGCCCAUUCUGGAGGGCGCCAUGCCCGAGCCCAGUUUGCUGGAGACCUUGCUGGGCCCCUCCACAGCGACACAGCAGCAGUGGAAGGGCCAGCGCUUUGAAGAUGACGAGGUGCUUCUAGCCUUCACCCGUGCCCAGCCGGUUUCGCUCACGCAGGCGCUGCUUUCUGGUCAGUGGCGGCAGCUUCUGCCGCGAGUGCUGUGCUACCUCUCGCUGGCAGUCCUGGUGGGCGGGGCCAUCUUCUGCCUCCUGGCAGUCAUUGCGCUGGCGCCCACCAGGACGCUCGCCUUUGCCCCCUCGGGCGCCAUCCUAAGCAGCGGCGGCUUUGAGUUUGCUGCAGCGGCGCGCACAGCGCAGAGGCGGGCGCUGUGGGACUUGCCCAGCCUCAGCUUCCAGGAGCUGCGCCAGGUGGAGCAGGUGCUCUUCGAGUCGCGAGGGCUCCACGCGCUGAACGUGGCCAGCUGCGCCAAGGCGGAGGACGGCUCUGUGCAGCUCAAGUCGGCCACUUCGGCGCUGCGCGUGGCGCCGGACGGCAGAGGCUUCCUCCAGCUCCCGAAAGCCGCGGAGGUCUUCCUUGAGGAGAUGGAGCAGCUGCGAUCCCUCCCAGGCGCCGGCCACGCCUUGGGCGCGGUGCUCGCCUCCGAGGUGCUCGCCUGAAGGCGCCUUACAAAUGAGUCGCCGCGCGAGAGCUCGACUCGUCUCACAUUUUUGGGCGACUGCACUUUGGCCCAGGCAGAAGUCGGUUG